AUGUUUUUGCAGUCGCUCGUUUGUUCACCUUGCAACCGUUGUUUUAUAUCUAGAGACAUGAUGCAGAGGAAAGGGCAAAGAAAUCGAGCAACAGUGAGACUUACAGCAUCGGUAAUCCAUCAUGGUAGAGCUCUCAGUGAUCCGACCAACGUGGUGGGGAUACUUGGAGGUGAUUCCAGUCUGAUUUUCGCAAAGAAACUCAUUGAUCACGAAAGAGAGCUGCCAUUCGUCCUCUGCAUGGAACCAGCGCUGAUCAACCAGCUAUUAUCGCUUCAAAAAGGUUCGUUACGUGGCCUUUCUGGUGAACCAGAGGAAGUAUACAUUGACGACCACUGGUUGAUAGUUGAGAAGUUGAGGCGUAAACGAGUGAUUCUUGAAAAAUGUGGAGUUUGCUGCAUUGUGAUGCCCUGUCAUUUACUGCAAUGCUGGCACGAUGAAAUCGAAGAGGGAUGCACUGUACCUUUUAUUCAUAUGGGUGAAUCUGUAGCUGAGGAGCUGAAGGAGGCGAAGCUGAGGCCGAUUGAAGCUGGCAGCGCUCUCACCAUUGGUCUUCUAGCCACCAACACCUUGUUGGUGACUAGGAUGUAUCAGCAGAAACUUGAAAACGAGGGCUUUGAGGUUUUAAUACCGGAUACAAACACCUUGAAACAUAUAGUGAUACCUGCGGUUCAAGCGCUGAGCCAAAAGGACUUUGUAGGAGCAACGAAUCUGCUGAGAAUCUCUCUUCAUAUUCUGCUGGUAAGAGCUGUGAACAGAGUGGUUCUUGCUUCUGAUGAGUUUCGCGAACUUUUGCCUUCGGAUGAUCCCUUGUGGAGAAAAUGCAUAGAUCCAAUGGACGCUUUGGCCCGCUCAACUGUCAAGUAUGCUCAAUCUGUGGAAAGAAGAAGUGAAUAGAGAAAGCUAGCAAGUUCAUGUGAAUGUCAAACUGUCAAUCUAUAUUUCUGAAUGUAACAUUUAUUAAAAUUAUACGUACAUGUAAGCUGUAAAUCUACGCUCAAACGGGCUAUAUAAGCAAUAUCGGUCCUUCAAAUGGAAGGUUGCACUA